ACACAAUAUAAACAAUUGCGUCCGUUUCCCAUCUCUUCGCAGCCUCCAUCAUGGGUCCCGAAGCUUUACAGAAGAAAUUCGAAGAUGAAGUGGAGACUUACAAGAAAUUACAGAAAGAUCUGACCAAGACCAAUGGCUUGCGCUCCCAGCUUGAUGGGCAGUUGAAUGAAAAUAAAGUAGUUAAAGAGGAGCUUGAUCUCAUUGACGACUCUGCAGUUGUGUACAAGCUUAUCGGACCUGCUCUGAUUCGGCAAGACCUGGAGGAGGCUCGGCAGAAUGUCAACAAGAGAAUAGAUUAUAUACAGCAAGAAAUAAAACGACAUGAGAACAGCAUGCAGAAGCUAGAGAAGGAAGCGGAGGGGAAGCGUGACAACCUGAACAAAAUCCAGCAGCAGAUGCAGCAAUUGAUUCUCAAAGCCCAGGUUCCUCAGCAGAAGAAGUGAAGAGUUCCUUUUUUCAAUUUUGUACAUCUUUCUUUUCUCUUGAAUGUGACCCUCAGUUGUUGGACAUGAAUUUGUUACUGCUGAUAAGAUAAAGGAAGAAGCUUGGAAAGAAAAGCUGUAUUUCUGUUGAAAUUUUAAUACUUUUGUGAUGGUUGACUUUUUGUAAAUUUCAUGCAUCCGGUAAAUGUUCAGAAACAUUGUGACUCAUUAUUACUUACUUUCUAAUUGUUUACAGUGUAGUAUUCAUUUGCCCAAAUAACUAUUGCUUUAUUUGUGUUUAUUACCAGCAGCUGUGCACAUCAGUGAAUUAAAAAACUACUUUUAUCCCACACAAUGCAAUUGAAUGAUCAUGAGGAUAAAGAUUAUAUCCCUUUACAGCAGAAGCGAAUCUUAAUUUAAUUGCAUUUCCACCAUCAUACAUGGCACAUUUUCCCUUUCAUUAAGGAUCAAUAUAUGCUUUAAAAGUUA